UGAACGACAAAUUGUGGCUAUGCGUGGCAGCGGCGCUCCUGAGCUUAGUGUGGGCAGCGCCCAGGGUAGAACGGCCAUUGGUGGAGGUGGCGCAGGGGAAGGUUCUCGGGGAGACACGGCAGGACCAUGGGAUGUCUUAUCUGGCCUUCGAGGGCAUUCCUUUCGCCAAACCUCCCACACACACUCUGCGGUUCAAGGACCCCGAGCCGGCUGAGGCGUGGGAAGGGGAGCUAGACGCCUCGAGCCUCCCGCCGCCGUGCGCGCAAUUCGUCCUCGGGGGAAGGGAGGACUGCCUCUACCUCAGUGUCUAUGCGCCUCAGAAUGCCCUGGACACCGAGGAACCCUUGCCCGUUAUGGUGUUCAUCCACGGCGGCGGCUUCUACUUGGGCGCCGCUCUGAACAACCAUGGGUUCCAGCCCAUGGUAGCGAAGGGCGUCAUCGUGGUGGUCAUGCAGUACCGCCUUGGUGUUCUCGGGUUCCUGUCAACGGAGGACCCGGUUGCCCCAGGAAACCUUGGACUCAAGGACCAAACCCUCGCCCUCCGCUGGAUCAAGGACAAUAUCGCGUCCUUCAGUGGGGACAGCGAGAGCCUCGGGUUAUUCGACGACGAGGAGCCUGUCAGCACCGCCGCCACGAUCUAUGAUUACUACCUCGGAGGCAUCAACCUCGGAAAGGAAAAUGUUGAUAGCGUUACUCAGAUGUUUACGGAUGGUUACUUCUCCGUGCCGCAUGAUUGGCUCACUAUGCUGAUGGCUGACCAAGUCCCGGUGUACACGUACGAGCUGCAGCAUCGAGGUGAACACGGAUACACCAAUAAUUACCUUGACCUCGGCCUCGACCUCCCACAAGCUGCAAAAUAUGUGUCCCACGGCGACAACAAACAGUACAAUACUCAGCCUGGAUACGGCAAACUGAACACCACGGACGACAUCGCCGUCGGGGACUUCAUCACCACCACAUGGACCAAUUUCGCCAAGACAAGGAAUCCGACACCCGACGACUCCCUGGCACUUACCUGGGAAAUGGCCACUUCCAAGAAUCUGAGGCACCUGGCCAUUACCCCCGCACCGGCCAUGGAGGACGACCAGCGAGCCGUGAACAGGGCCUUCUGGCGAACUCUGCCGCUCAGAAUCAAUGCGCUCAUGAACGCGUAGAACCAUCUUCUCAGAGUCGAGAGCAUCGCAGUAACGACCGCAUACACGUAUUGCACAGUGAUACUUGAGGAGAUUCUGUACGGAAUGGGUUAAAUAAAUAUGCAAUACCAAAAUGUA